UGACCAUUAAUACAAGUCUCCAUACUGAGUUGGUAAGAAGUCAAUCCUAUGCAUUUCUCUUCUGUAUAUCACUGUCUUUGGCUGAUAUUUUUAUUGAGCUUGUUUUAAUCUUCAAUGACUGAUUCAGACUGUGACUGUUUUCCUGUGGCCAAUAGCGAGCGGUUUGGAUUUACCUGCUUUCUUUUGCAUUGUGAUGCAGUAUAAAGACAUUUUGAUACCUCUCUCUCCCUGUAAAUAUUUAGGAAGAGACUGCUGAGGUCAGUAUUGUUUAAGACUUGUAAAACCUAAUAAGAAAUCGGUUUAAUGUAUUACCGUAAAACCCAUAAACACAUGAGGCUGUUUUCAGAUGAUGAGACUGUCCUGUGUAAACUAUUACCUUGUUUUCCUCUAGUGCAAAAGAAGUAGAUAUGGCAUCGCAGUAUCGUAUUGUAUUGUAAGUGGGCGAGUAAUCCUUUUGAAUUUGAAGUUUGAAAGGUAUGUUUGAGUCCCGUUUGUGUGGCCCUCUUCAGAUACUGUAAUUGUCUGCAUAAAUAAUUGAUAUGCCUAUCAUAUGGUUCUCACUUAUGAGGAUCCUUAUUAGCCAAUGCUUAUUGUUUGAUUUGCACUGCCCCUAAUCUGAGGGCGAGCAUUGCUUCCUUUGACUGUGUAUGCGCUCAAACACUUUCCUUUAACUCCAUAUCCACUACAUGUUUAAGUCUUUACAUGCCAAUGUUUUUCCAAUGGUGCAAAAUAUGUAUUGUUUGAAAGUUCUGUCUUGAUGAUUAAAUGUUAUAAGUCUUUCAAUACUUUACUUUGGUGAUCUUCACUUCUUGAAAUCUAAUAUCACUAAGCGUGCCAUUUAAGAAAUCACACAUUAUGACUGGAAAAUGUUCAUGUAUUUAUUUUCAUUUAUUUGUCUUUCAGAAUGUUUCAGGGUGAAAGGUCAAAUGCAAAAAGGCUGACAGCAGUCUCAACUGGCAAAGAUCACGCCACAUUUAUAUGCAACACUCCUUUGCCAAGAUCUUAACUCUUCACAGCCUUUUUUUUUUUUAACAGAACUAAAGUUUUAUUAAGCAAAGAAAGGAAGGCACAUCUGCAGCAGUGGAGUGCACUUCUGCCAAUGAUGAGACCGUGUCGCUGGACUCCAGAAGGUCAUGAUUAAGCUGUCAAGUGAAAGCUGAGCGUCAUCAACGUGGUCCAACAGCAGAGCUCAGAACAGCCCACAGAUCUUAGAAGCAGGAAAAUAUUUGCAGAUUCCAGAGAGACAGUGCUGGCACGGCCACGCAGGUGGAGGACUCAGUGCAGACCCCAAAAAUGUGCUGAAGGAAGUGAACUCCUCUAAGAUUCUGGCGGCCAUGUUGACGUAUGUUUGGCCCAAGGACAGACCGGACCUGCGCGCUCGAGUGGCCAUCUCACUGGGUCUCCUCGCUGGAGCCAAGAUAACCAACAUUAUGGUGCCCUUCAUGUUUAAAUAUGCGGUGGACGGCCUGAACCAGAUGUCGGGACACAUGUUGAACCUGAGCGAUGCGCCAAACACGGUGGUCACCAUGGCAACGGCUGUUUUGAUUGGCUACGGUGUUUCCCGCGCCGGGUCCGCUCUCUUCAAUGAGCUGAGGAACGCAGUGUUCGGGAAAGUGGCUCAGAGCUCCAUCAGAAGGAUAGCCAAGAACGUCUUUCUCCAACUUCACAACCUGGACCUGGGCUUCCACCUGAGCAGGCAGACGGGAGCGCUGUCCAAAGCCAUCGACCGUGGCACUCGAGGAAUCAGCUUUGUGCUCAGCGCUCUGGUCUUUAACCUGGGGCCUACACUCUUUGAAAUGAUACUGGUCAGCAGCAUUUUGUAUUAUAAAUGUGGCGGUCAGUUUGCUCUGGUCACUGUGGGGACGCUCUCGGCGUACACCGCUUUCACCAUCGCUGUUACGCAGUGGAGGACGCGGUUCAGGAUCCAGAUGAAUAAGGCUGAUAAUGAGGCUGGAAACGCUGCUAUCGAUUCUCUCCUCAAUUAUGAAACCGUUAAGUACUUCAACAAUGAGAAGUAUGAGGCCGAGCGUUACGAUAGUUUUCUGAAGGUGUACGAGUCGUCCUCUCUGAAGACCACCUCUACUCUGGCCAUGCUCAACUUCGGUCAGAGCACCAUCUUCAGCGUCGGCCUCACCGCCAUCAUGGUGCUGGCAAGCAAAGGCAUAAUGGCAGGCAGCAUGACUGUGGGGGAUCUAGUGAUGGUGAACGGGCUGCUCUUCCAGCUCUCUAUGCCGCUCAACUUCCUGGGCACCGUAUACAGAGAGACCCGACAGGCCCUCAUAGACAUGAACACGCUCUUCACUCUGCUCAGCGUCGACACCAAAAUAAAGGAGAAAGAAAUGGCCCCGCCGCUGCUCGUUACACCCCAGGAAGCCACCAUCAGGUUUGAGGAUGUGUAUUUUGAGUACUUGGAGGGACAAAAGGUGCUUAACGGGGUUUCCUUUGAAGUACCUGCGGGGAAAAAGGUGGCCGUUGUUGGCGGCAGUGGAUCUGGAAAGAGCACGAUUGUCCGAUUGCUCUUUCGUUUCUACGAGCCACAGCGGGGCAACAUCUACAUCGCAGGCCAGAACAUUCGUGAUGUUAGUUUGGAGAGCUUGAGGAAAGCUGUGGGCAUCGUGCCGCAGGAUGCCGUGCUUUUCCACAAUACCAUAUUUUACAAUCUGCUGUAUGGUAACAUCAACGCCACUGAAGAGGACGUCUACCGUGUGGCCAAACUAGCUGGAAUCCAUGACGCCAUUCUCCGAAUGCCUCAUGGAUACGACACGCAGGUCGGAGAGCGAGGCCUGAAGCUCUCAGGUGGAGAAAAUCAGCGUGUGGCCAUCGCACGGGCCAUCCUUAAGAACCCUCCCGUUUUGCUGUAUGACGAGGCCACGUCUUCACUAGACUCGAUCACUGAAGAGCAUAUUCUGACUUCCAUGAAGGAGAUGGUGAGGGACAGAACAUCUGUCUUUAUUGCACACCGGCUGUCCACCAUUGUGGAUGCAGAUGAGAUUAUUGUACUAAAUCAGGGGAAGUUGGCGGAGCGCGGCAGUCAUCAGGCUCUGCUGAGCGCGCCGGGCAGUCUGUACGCAGACCUGUGGAACACACAGAACUGCAGAAGCACGAGCGCCGCGGGCCGGCCUGAGCCUGUACCCGAGCGCCUGGCGCAGAGCGAGGAGGAGCGCAAGAAGCUGCAGGAGGAGAUCCUCAACAGCGUGAAGGGCUGCGGGAACUGCUCCUGCUGAGCUCUGCUCCUCUCCUCCAGACCUCCACUGGACUGGGAUCACAGCGAGGAGUCGAGGAUGUUAUUUCAUCCUGAACUGACAGCGGCGUUCUUCUUCUUUGUGAUUUUUCCAUAACCUCAGGGGCCUAUAUCAUGCCUUUAUUUUCACAUGCUGUCAAGGUUUUAAUAGAUUUGUCCAUGCCAUCUGGAACUCUUGUAAGUUGUUUUUAUUAUGCAUAUGUACAUAUCACUAAUGCAAUAUUUUUGAGAAGCGCAUUGUAUAGAGUGCAUAGAUAUUUUGUCUGUUGAAUUAUGUUAGAUAUGUCUGGACCAUUUAGAAAAUGUCUCCCUGAACACUGGCACCUUUGAUGUCUCAUCAACAUUAAUUUAUAC